AUGUCUCCUCCUGACCUCGAGGUCGCGACCACCCACCAGGAUGACCAGAACAGUCAGUUAUCCCGUGCCGCGAGCUACAACAACCUUCCCGACCUAACUGCGUCCGAACCGGGCUCCCCUGGGCUUCGAAGGACUUUCUCCGACUUGACGUUUCAAAAACAGCCCGAGUCGCCUUCAAAGGAAGAUGUCGCGGCUGGGAAGGACAUCUUGAGGCGGACUUCUCUCCGCCGCUCCAAGCACAAAUCGACCGUCGCUGUCUCUCGCUUUACCGUUUCAACCGAAGACUUGACCGAUGCGUCGGCCACAGAGUCUUCGGAUGCCCCGCCGAAGAUCCCGCAGACUAGGGCACCAUCACCUGUUGCUCGCCCCUCUAAGGCUCGUUCAAUGUCUGGGAGACUUGUUAGUUUCGCGCGAAAGCCCUGGAUGUCAAGCUCUCCUACCCGAUCUACCUCUCCUUCCUCAAAAACUGCUCGUCUCCGGACCCUCCAGGGCGAGGACUCUGCUUCGCAGACUCCAUCGUCCAGAAGCUCUGGGAGCUUGGAUUUGGCGACUGGCCCGGAACCUGCUGUUCCAACCCGCAAGCGAACAAUAUUAACCAAACGCCCUCGACGCCCGAUGGUCGCCGUUGUAACUCAAAGCCGAGCGGACAGUCCGAGCACCCCUAGCAGCCCGUCACCAGGCUCCCUGCUAGCUAAGGGGUCUCUUGAGAGGCUCACGUCAUCUUUCAACGUUUCGACUCCAGUACUUCCCCCAGCGGCAAAGACGACCUCAUUCCCUGGGAAUAUCUCUGGAAACCUGGACCCUCCCAAAAAGAGAGAUGAACUUUGGAGCGCUUUCCGUGGUCUUGAAGCCGACUUUCAGAAAUUUCAGACCAAGUCUACAGCACUGAAAGCGAAUGUUAUUCGCUCCUCGCUCCUGCCACUUCUCAAUCGGGCACAUUCUCCGCAGAGUAUUAGAGCUUUGAGACCCGAAGAUCUGGAUCGACGAGUAAACAUACUCAAUAAAUGGUGGAUCGGAUUGCUAGACAUGCUAAACGGGAAGAAUAAUCAAGCCAUUUCUGGUACGGACAGGCCAGUAUAUCUGGAAGCAGUGGUGGGCAUAAUGUCUCGACCGGAAUGGAGGAUCCCGUUUCCAGCGCAAUCACCAGAUACGCCGCCAUCCAAGCCAUACAAGCACACGGCGACGUCUAUCUCAGAAUCAUCCGAAGCAUCCUCUGGAUCGGACAUCCUUGUGGAGUCUAUCCAUCAUAACAUCAGGAACAUAUUCACGCAAAAUUUGUUGUCUCAGAUGGCGUUUGUGGUCGAGAGGAUGUCCAUGAGGCACGCCCCUGCUAGUUUGGUGGCGUUCUGUGGUAAAGCCUGUGCUUACGCAUACUUCUUUUGUCCAGGCGUGGCAGAAAUGCUUGUGAGGCUGUGGAAUAUACCAGCAAACAUCUAUCGGCGGGUAUACGCCGAGUCUCACGUGGAUAAGAGCACUGGACUCCGUGCGACGGCUCAGGAACUCACGUCAAAUUUCCCUCCAGGCCUACGCUCUUUAUCCUUUCACGCACACACGGCAUUGGUUCGGUAUCUUCGUCAGAAGCCCGAGGUCCCUCUGAACAUAAAUCAGAUCAAGUGGCAAAGUCCCUGGGUGUCUCGGUGGUGCGGCAGAGACACGGAUCUUUUUUACGUUUUCGUCAAAUACAUCCAUCUACUGUACGCAGAUUCCAUUCCGUCUUAUAUCGAGAAGAGCGCGCGCAUCCUAUCGCCUGGCUUGCUUCCCAUUCACGCCCAAAUUCUUGUCGUUCUGGAGGAUACCCUAUACAAGCAAUCGCAAAAUCAAGCGCCAGAAAGUUCUCAUAAUACCGCCGCUAUCACUUUCGAUGAUUUCAUUGAAGGUGCCGAGGGUUCGGCCUCGGCUCUUCCAUUGGGCACCGCCAACAGUCAUCGUUCCAUGGCCGAGAACCGCUUGAUUAUACUGCUCCGAGAUUAUCUUUCCGAUUCAUCGCUUGAGCCACAUCAUGCACGUUUAUUCUACGCCGAAUCCUUCUGCAUGAUCAUGAAAACAACUGCGCAGCGAACAUCUCUCUUUGAUCACAAUGCGUGUUUCCUGCUAUGCGAUUUUGUCGAGGAAGCUAUCCCUAUCAUUGCACGAUAUUCAAGGUCAAUCGAAAUGGACCUGUUUGACUGGAAGUUUUGGCUCGAAGCAUGUCGUCAGAUGAUGCAAAGCCAUAACUCGCUCACUGAGGUCCGGGUGUUUUCUUUUCUCUUCUGCAUCUGGGGUACCUGGACCGCCUCCGAGGAACGAAAGGCGGAUCUCUGCCUCGGAUUUCUCCUUGAUGAGCCACUGUUCUAUCAUUACUUCAGUCACUGGAGUCCUAUGGUCCGCGCCUAUUUCCACCGCUUGCUUUGUUGGCGGCUAGGCAGGUUCAAUGGAGAUCCAUCGCCACUUGACUCGAUAAUAUACGAAACUCUGUCCAAUAGACUUCAGCGUCUCUGGGAUUUUUACAUCGCCACUCAAACGAAAGCGGAAGCCGGCCUUGCAGCGCCACUGUCUUCUGCGCCCUGCACCCCGGCACCGGGGCGCCGAAUAAUAAUAAUUCGAUGUGAUAAUCCAAUGUCACCUUCAAAUCUCUUCAUGUCUUUUGAUCGUGUUCUGCCUCCGUCAGUCCCCAAGCAAGCUACGAAUAGUAAUGGCUCCAAGGCAGAUGGUCUUUCCGAAGCUCAGAAUCUCCCAAAAAAGCGAUGGAACAUUCUGAAAGCCGUUUUCGGUGCUUCCAAAUUCAACGACGAUCUAUCUCCUACUACCAGCUCAGACGAUUCGGAUACGACGGUGUCCGACCCUCCUGCCGCUGGGGAGAAAGGCCCAGACGUCAGUUGGCUAGGUGUUAAUGCUCCUAGCGAACCGCAGAGGCCAAAAACUCCGCAUCAACCCUUCACAUUCAAGUUCUCCUUGGAGUGGAUGGAUCGACCGCAGUGGCCUAGCAAAAACAAACGCCUUUACACUCCUUCUCUCCCUGUAGCUUCGCAAUUGCACUUGCAGCUUCGGAGAUCAACCCUCAAGUCAGAAGACAGCGAUGCGACCUCGGAUGACACAACUGAUUCUGGGGCAGAAGAGAAUCCUGAAAAAGGCACGCCCGGGUUGGACAUGAAGCAGAACGUGACCGGUAUCGAUGUGGAAACCAAGAAAACCUCGAAGAAGAAUGAUCUGACUGCUGCUGCCGAUGAUAAAAUCGCGUCUAGCAAGUACGCAGGGCGUGCUCUUGCAGAAUGGGCACAAAUCAUAUCUGAGUGCGAUAGUUUCUUCUCCCGGAGACGCGAUGAAGGCGUGCCGAACGACCGCAUGGUUGAGACCCCUACACUAGGCGUUGAGGGCUUCCGAAAGUGA